AUGCGACAUACCAAAGCUAGGAAUGUCAUCGAGAGAUCCUUUGCAGUAAUGAAAAUGCGUUGGGGGAUACUGCGUAGCUCCAGCUUUUACCCGAUAGAAGUGCAAACAAGCUUAAUCAUUGCUUGUUUCUUGCUCCACAAUUUCAUAAGAAGCCAAAUGGAAGUUGACCCUCUUGAGGAAGAAAUAGAUUUGCAAGCUGAUGAUGGAGAUGGAAAUGAAAGUGAUGGUGAUGAAGAUGGGCCUGCCUACAUAGACCAUAUUGAACCCAGCACUGCAUGGACUAAGAAAAGAGAUGACUUAGCGGCUGCAAUGUGGGUUGAUUUCCAUAUAGUUGACAUGAAGAUGCAAUUUGAGAAUUUUGUAGAAUGA